GCCCCACCAUGAGCUACACCAUGGAGCCCCUGGGCAACCCCUCGUACCGCCGGGUGACCGAGACCCGGGCCACCUACAGCCGCGCCAGCGCGUCCCCGUCCAGCGGCUUCCGCUCGCAGUCGUGGUCGCGGGGCUCGGGCAGCACCGUGUCCUCGUCCUACAAGCGCCCCAACCUGGGCGGCCCCCGCGCCGCCUACGGCUCCACGGUGCUGAGCUCGGCCGAGAGCCUGGACGUGAGCCAGUCCUCGCUGCUCAACGGCGCGGCCGAGCUCAAACUGAGCCGCUCCAACGAGAAGGAGCAGCUGCAGGGGCUCAACGACCGCUUCGCCGGCUACAUCGAGAAGGURCAUUACCUGGAGCAGCAGAACAAGGAGAUCGAGGCGGAGCUGGCGGCGCUGCGGCAGAAACACGCCGGGCGGGCGCAGCUGAGCGACGCCUACGAGCAGGAGCUGCGGGAGCUGCGCGGGGCCCUGGAGCAGGUGAGCCACGAGAAGGCGCAGAUCCAGCUGGACUCGGAGCACAUCGAGGAGGACAUCCAGCGCCUGCGGGAGCGCUUCGAGGAUGAGGCGCGGCUCCGCGACGAGACGGAGGCGACGAUCCGCGCCCUGCGCAAGGAGAUGGAGGAGGCCUCGCUGAUGCGCGCCGAGCUGGACAAGAAGGUGCAGUCGCUGCAGGACGAGGUGGCCUUCCUGCGGGGCAACCACGAGGAGGAGGUGGCCGAGCUGCUGGCGCAGCUGCAGGCGUCGCACGCCACCGUGGAGAGGAAGGACUACCUGAAGACGGACCUGACGACGGCGCUGAAGGAGAUCCGCGCCCAGCUCGAGUGCCAGUCCGACCACAACAUGCACCAGGCCGAGGAGUGGUUCAAGUGCCGCUACGCCAAGCUGACCGAGGCGGCCGAGCAGAACAAGGAGGCGAUCCGCUCCGCCAAGGAGGAGAUCGCCGAGUACCGCCGGCAGCUGCAGUCCAAGAGCAUCGAGCUCGAGUCGGUGCGCGGCACCAAGGAGUCGCUGGAGAGGCAGCUCAGCGACAUCGAGGAGCGCCACAAUAACGACCUCAGCACCUAUCAGGACACGAUUCACCAGCUGGAAAACGAGCUCAGAGGAACCAAGUGGGAAAUGGCCCGGCACUUGAGGGAAUACCAGGACCUCCUCAAUGUCAAGAUGGCCCUGGAUAUCGAAAUCGCUGCGUACAGGAAGCUGCUGGAGGGUGAAGAGACAAGAUUCAGUGCCUUCUCCGGAAGCAUCACCGGUCCCAUCUUCACACACAGACAACCAUCCGUCACAAUAGCCUCCACCAAAAUCCAGAAAACCAAAAUCGAACCGCCAAAGCUGAAGGUCCAGCACAAGUUCGUAGAAGAAAUCAUCGAAGAGACGAAGGUGGAGGACGAAAAAUCUGAAAUGGAAGAUGCCCUGACGGCCAUCGCGGAAGAAAUGGCAGCCAAGGCGGAGCAGGAGGARGAAAAAGAGGAAGAAGAGGSUGCAGAGGAGGAAGGUGAAGCUGAGAAGGCUCCUGAGGAGGAAGAGAAGGAGGAAGAGGAAGCRGAGGAGGAAGAGGAAGCGGCGAAAUCCGACGCCGCGGAAGAAGGUGGCUCUGAAAAGGAAGAAAUUGAGGAAAAGGAAGAAGGGGAGGAGGCUGAGGAAGAGGAGGAAAAACCCGAGGUGAAGGGCAAAGCUGAGGAGGCGCCAGCAAAGGUAGAGAAGGUCAAAACACCCCCGUCAAAGUCCCCCCCGAAAUCACCCCCGAAAUCCCCCGUAACAGAACCGGCCAAGGCCGCCCCUAAAGAAAAACCCACGGAGAAGGCGGCCAAGGAGGAGAAAGUGGAAAAGGCGGCCAAGGAGGAGGAGAAAGCGGCAUCCCCGGAAAAACCGGCCACACCMAARGUGAYMUCYCCAGAAAAACCMACCACGCCAAAGGUGACCUCCCCAGAAAAACCGGCCACACCCAAAGUGACCUCCCCGGAAAAACCAGCCACGCCAAAGGUGACCUCCCCGGAAAAACCACCGGAGAAGGCGGUGACCCCGGAGAAGGCGGCGAGCCCGGAAAAAGCCGUGAGCCUGGAGAAGCUGGCGCCGCCGGAGAAAGCGCGCACCCCCGAAAAACCGGCGAGCCCCGAGAAACCGCGCACCCCCGAGAAGGCCGUGACCCCCGAGAAGGCGCGGACCCCCGAAAAACCGCCGUCCCCCGUGAAGGACGCCAAGGCCGUGGUGGAGGAGACCAUCACCGUCACCAAGGUGACCAAAGUGAGCGCCGAGGCCGAGAAGGAGUCGAGGAAAGAGGACAUCGCGGUCAACGGGGAGGUGGAGGACAAGAAGGAYGAGGAAUCCAAAGAGAAGGAGGAGGAGGACAAGGGAGUGGUGACCAACGGCCUCGACGUGAGCCCGGUGGACGACAAGGCGGAGAAAAUCGUGGUGACCAAAAAAACGGAGAAAAUCACGGGCGAGGGCGGCGACGGCGGGCCCACGUUCAUCACCAAGUCGGUGACCGUCACCCAGAAGGUGGAGGAGCACGAGGAGAGCUUCGAGGAGAAGCUGGUGUCCACCAAGAAAGUGGAGAAAGUCACCUCGCACGCCGUGGUGAAGGAGAUCAAGGAGAGCGAGUAAACGCUGCCGUAGCUAAAAAAAAAAAAAAAAAUUCCAAACGAUUUCCAAGAGCUUGGGUCGGUGCAAAAGGUUAAGCCAUAGACAGCUGCAAAAUGCAUGGGGGUGACGGCUUCAAAGCAGGUCGGGUUCUCUCACGGAGGCUCCAGACACACAGUAUUUUACUUUUUUCGUGCAAUAUAGGGAAAAGGGGGGGGGAAUGCAUGCAGGCUCAAGAUGUACUCCCUCCACAGAGCUUGGGGAUCUACCGAAAAUUUAAAAAAAAAAUAAAAAUAAAAUAAAAAUAAAAGUUAAUUUAAAAAAUACUGCUACUACUAGUGCAUGAGAAUGAAAUGUGCAAGAGGAAGCUUCUCUGAAUUUCCUGAGCUUGUUGGAGGGACGGAGCCGAGGAACGAGUUCCGAUGUCAUUAUGCAAAGAAACCAA